AUGAUCGGUCUCAUCACCCAGUUCGCCAAUGAGCUGCUGGAACCUGCUGGUCGGCCGCAUUUCGUCUUCGAAGACGACGCCGGCCGAGUGGUGUUGCGCCCUGGCAUCCUGGUCAUGGUCAAUGACACUGACUGGGAGUUCCUCGGCGACACGACCGAAGACAAGUACGCCCACGUCCUUCAAGACAACGACACCGUCCAGUUCAUCACCACUCUGCACGGCGGCUAA